CUGUUUAGGCGCUGAGGGUCGCCAUCUGCUGCUUCAGUCAGUCUGACGGCGGCGGAGGAACCGGAUGAAGUGAGCGCGUCUCGUGCAGGAUCACCUCCCUGUGAGACUCCCGGGACCACAGGUGGAUUUCCUCCUAUUGCCUCCGUGUUGGGAACAGGAGCAGAGAGUGUGGUGGUGAGACGCUGCAGGUGAUGGUGGAGAGAGGAACAUGGCACCGAGGGAGUGACUCUGGCCAUCCAUGGAGAGCGUUUACAACGAGACCCAAAAUCUCCACCAGGACCAUCGGGACCGGCUCCAGGUGGUCACAGCGGGAGCGGACAGCCCCGGGCCUGGUGGAGGUGUCAGCCUUCGCGCGCUGACGGGCUGCGUCCUGUGCGUCCUGAUCGUCUCCACCCUGCUGGGUAAUACUCUGGUGUGCGCCGCGGUCAUCAAGUUCCGCCACCUGCGCUCCAAAGUCACCAACUCCUUCGUCAUCUCUCUGGCGGUGUCCGACCUGUUCGUGGCCGUGCUGGUGAUGCCAUGGAGAGCGGUGUCCGAGGUCGCCGGCAUCUGGCUCUUCGGCCGCUUCUGUGACACCUGGGUCGCCUUCGACAUCAUGUGUUCCACCGCGUCCAUCCUCAACCUGUGCAUCAUUAGCAUGGACCGCUACUGGGCCAUCUCCAGCCCGUUCAAGUACGAGCGCAAGAUGACGCGCAGGUUCGCCUUCCUGAUGAUCGGCGUCGCUUGGACUCUCUCCAUCCUCAUCUCCUUCAUCCCAGUGCAGCUCAACUGGCACCGCGCGGACGCGGACAACCUGACGGCGGACAACCCGGACGACUGCAACGCCAGCCUGAACCGGACUUACGCCAUCUCCUCGUCCCUCAUAAGCUUCUACAUCCCCGUGGUGAUCAUGGUCGGGACGUAUACGCGCAUUUUCCGCAUCGCGCAAACCCAGAUCAGACGGAUCUCGUCUCUGGAGAGGGCGGCGGGGUCCCGUGCGCAAAACCACCGCCACCGCUCGUCAACGCACGACGAAAGUUCGCUCAAAACAUCUUUUAAGAGAGAAACGAAAGUUUUAAAAACUCUGUCCAUCAUCAUGGGGGUGUUCGUGUUCUGCUGGCUGCCGUUCUUCGUCCUGAACUGUGUGGUUCCUUUCUGUCACCUGGACAAAGUCGGAGAGCCGUGCGUCAGCGACACCACCUUCAGCAUCUUCGUGUGGUUCGGCUGGGCGAACUCCUCCCUGAACCCGGUCAUCUACGCCUUCAACGCCGACUUCAGGAAGGCAUUCUCCACCAUCCUGGGCUGCAACAAAUACUGCUCCAGCUCCACGGUGGAGACGGUGGACUUCAGCAACGAGCUGGUGUCCUAUCACCACGACACCACCAUGCAGAAGGAGGCCUGCGCCAUGCUGGGGCCGGGGGCGCAGAGGCUCGCCACCUGCAUGCCGCCACCGCCGCCGCCGCCGCCGCCGCCGCCCCACACAGGAGGAAGAGACCUGGAGCAGAACUUCGACAAAGUUUCUGUGAUUUCAGACGAAUCCCGGAACCACAGGAACCCGCUGCUUCCCGCCAUCCUGCAGUAUGAGUGCGAGGCAGAGAUCUCUUUAGACAUGAUGCCCUUCAACUCGUCCGGACCCACAGACUGUUACGUGAUCCCGGGUCAAAUCCAGGACCUGUGAGCUCACUGGACCCCUGGAACAAUAAAUACUAAUUUUACUGCAUGAGGCAGGGGCCCUGUUGAGUUUUGAACCUCUCUCCAUAUCAUGCACUAGUGCACAGGGGUGUGAGUGGGUGACCUCUGACCUCUUGUUGAUGACGCUAUUAAACACAUGAUGCCAAAAUGACCUAAAACCAGUUGUUCCCAACUGUUGUGAGGAUGACAUUUGGAGUUUUUAUUGUUUCAUUUAAAGAAUUUCCAGAGAAAUGAUUUGAGGUAACAAAUGUUCUUUUCCCUCUCACCGUCUUCUGACCCUUCAGACUCAUGUCGCGGCCUCUCUCGGGGUCUGGACCUGCAGGUUGGGAACCACUCUUCUAACUUUUAUCCUUUUGGAGAGUAUUUUUCACAAGGAGCAGAUUGUAAAUGUCAGCAGAGAUAAAAGGACAAAUUAUGAGCUGCAGAUGAUUAAUACUUUCUCACAGCAGAACUGUAUAUUGUUUUGUUUUCCUGUGAUCCAUAUUAAAACUUCUC